AUGAUGUCCACAAAUUUUCAAUGGCCAGGAACCAACAAGAAUGAUAAUACAGAAGUAUCUGUUGAAACACCAUCAAGCACAGAUCCUCAUGUCCCUCGCUAUCCAUUUACCGCAAUGUCACAUGCGACGGCAAGCACAACUAUGAAGAAAAGAAAGCGAGACGAUUUUGAUGGCGACAAGUCAACAACUAUCACUAUGAAUACCACGACAACACGUAAAUACAUACAAUCAUCUUUAGGAUCUUCCAAGUUCAAGAAGGCCAAAACACCCAAAAUCAGUGGGCAACCUUUGCCACUACCUAGAUUGAUUGAAUCAUUAGACAAAUCCAAUUUACAAAAACUUGUGCAAGAUUUAAUAACUGUUCAUCCUGAAUUACAAUCUACAUUAAUUAAAAUUUCCCCUAGACCUUCUAUUCAAGAUUCCAUUCAACUUUUACAAGACAAAUUUGAUAUGAUUAUAUCUCAUUUGCCUUACAAGUGUGAUGUUGAAAGUGAUUAUUCAUAUUUAAGAAUCAAACCUCAUUUGCAAGAAUUUUUAUCAUCAGUGUCUGAUUUCAUUUUAAAUUAUUUACCUCCAUUAGAAACAAAUAUGACACAUUCUUUGCAAUUUUUACACGAAACUACCAAAUUAGUGUAUAACUUGCCUAAUUUCACUAAUCAAGAAUUUCAAUACACCAAGUCCUCUGCAUUAGAACAGAUUGCUAACUGUUGGUUGAUUGUAUUAAGCCAGGAUGAAGAAAAAGAAGGAAACACUGAUGUGGUGAAAGUUAUACAAGAAUUGGAAUUGUUGGAGAAAUUACACGAACAUAAUGAGAUAUCAUUCAAUAAGUUUGAAAAAGUUGUUGAUUAUUGUAAAGACAAGUUAGAACAACAUGAAUUAAUCAUGAAUAAUAACGAAGCCGGCUCUGGUGUUACAUCGUCAAUAAGUGACUUGAUCACUGUGGAUUAUUCUAAAUACUCUAUAGCCAAUACAACUUCUAUAUAG